CUGGUUUGUGAUGUAGUAUUCGGCGAGGAAUUCUUGGAACAGAUGAACGCCUUCAAUACCUGUAAUAUUAAAGAUGCUGAGGAGACUUGGGACCCUUUUGCGCUUUGUCUGUUCGUCAAUCUCGGACCGAUCCAGUCUUUCUUGAGUAGCAUAACCAACUUCAGACGAAGCAGACGACAGCGGAAAGAGUCUUUAGGAUCACAUCAGAGGACUGUUGCGCGGUCAGAACACCGGGCCGAACUUGAGGAUGAAAUGUAUCAUCGUCAUCAAGCCGAUCGACUGAUUGACAAGCUGAGAGACAAAACCCAAGCAGCGAGUGAAAGAAGGAAAGAAAUUGAGAGACGACGUGGAUUCGAAAACAAGCAUAAUGAUUGUGUCUAUUGUAUGAGCGCCACCAUUUCCGAUUCGCACAUUACCCAUGAUUUCAGCAAUGGGGCAACAUGAAACUGGGUCCUCAUUCCAGGACGGUAACCCAAACACAUCGGUCGAGUGUAGAACAUGAUCUCGACAAUUUGACAAGCUUGCGG